AAUAGUUAUGAUUGUAGAGUUAAUUUCAAUUUCUUUGCUUAGAAAAGUUAAGACAAGCACGAAGUACCUAAAGGAAAGAGCUUUACAGCUUGAGAAACAGCUAAARAUUGCUAACGAAUACAUGAAUCAACUUCUUGAGGAAGAGGAACCCAGACCUCCGUCGCUACAAACUCUGUCUACAGAUGUCGAUAGUGUUUCUUUGCUGUCGCUUGACUUUGGCAUCGAUAGUGGUGUAGACGUAACGUCCACUGAUAAUAACGACCAGAAAUCUUUGGUUUGGAUAAGAGAACGRAAUAUCGCGCUAGAAGAAAACAUGAGGCAACUCAAUGCAAGGAAGGAAGAUAUACAGSAAAACAUCCAACAAGGUCGCACCAAACUAGACCACAUUACUACCAUCGCUCAAUCUUACAGAUUUCGCCAUUUUCUCCUUAAAAAUCCUGUCGAUGUAUGGAGGGUGAAGUCAAGCACCUUCUAGAUUAUUACCUGUUGUAAAUUAAGUCAUUUGUAAAAUCCCUGACAUUAUUAUAUCCGUUACAUCAUUGCUCAUUUUGACAUCUACGAUCGUUUGCGUGGUAAUCGUACAUGACAAUAUGCGGAUUGAGAGAAUAUCCGGUUACGUGUAAAUGUAGUCUGAGUUAAUGCUUGUUAGUACUAAUUAAA